GCCAUGUCCUCAUCGAGUCUCCCGGGGUUGCUUAGCCGCGCCUUGGCCACGGCACGGACAAGAUCACCCCUUCUAUUUCAUUCUUUGAGGAAAACAAGUUCUUCUCCAGGAGAAAAGUCGGAACUCAUCAAACAAUCACUGAAGAAGCCAAAGUUACCAGAAGGUCGUUUUGAUGCACCCGAAGAUUCCCACUUUGAGAAGGAACCACUAGAAAAAUUUCCAGAUGAUAUUAAUCCAGUUACCAAAGAAAAAGGUGGACCCAGGGGCCCAGAACCUACACGAUACGGAGAUUGGGAACGAAAGGGCCGUUGUAUUGAUUUUUAAGUCAUGUAUUCUUUAAUUGAAGUAUGAUUAUUAUUAUUAUUUUAUUAAAUCAUAGCUGUGUACAUUAAUGCAGUCGUAGGGUACAAUGUGCUGGUUUUAUAUACAAUUUGGAAUAUUUUCAUCAAACUGUUUAACGUAGCCUUCCUGGCAUUUUCUUAGUUACUGUGUUGAGACAUUUGUAUUCUACAUUUGCUAAGUUUCGCAUGUACCCUUGUAAGAUGCACCCUAGGUGUGGUCCCACCAAUUACCCUCCCUCCACCCAUCCUUCCCUUACCCUGACCUUCCCUUUCCCCUUACAUUUAGUCAUGUAAUUUCCAUAAUGUGUUUAAAAAUAUAUCUGAUGGCUUUAGAUAAAAAUAUGCUGCCAUAAAUUAGGAAAGGGUAAAUAUUUUUACAUUAGCACCUAGUAUCUUUAAAUUUAUUGCAGCAUGUAAAGAUGAUUCAAGCUGUAAACUUUUACUUCAUUGUUUUUUUUCAGUUUAAUCAGUUUCUUGUAAAAGGUACAUGUAAAUAAAAUAUUUUUAAAUGAU